AUGUCCAAGUUCAAGCAACGUAGAAGAAAGCAAAAAGCCAAAGCCAAAAGAUUAUUCAAGAAAAAAGAAGUUUCUCGAUUUCUGCCCAAGCUUAUUACACCUCCCCCUCCCCCACUGUCACCAGCAAGAGUGGUUAUUCCUCCAGCAGUUACAACUGAUAGCAGACACUGCCUCAGUUCCACCUGUAACUUCGAUUUUCCCAAUGUUAUAGAUGCAGUAAAACAUUGGACAAAUAGAUUGUGGUCUGUAUAUAGUUGGUGCCAGAACUACGUAGCCCAGACUUUGGAAAUAUUGAAAGACAUCAUUUUUCCAUCCCGUAUCUGCCGCCAAGAACUUCACAGUUUAAAACAACGGUUUUGCGUUUUGGAAAGUGAAUUCUGUGAACUCCAGGAAGCACUGAAGACAUUCUCAGAAAAUUCUUCUUGCCCAAGCUGUGGUCAAAUGAGUGGUAAACUUAUAAAUGUUCCUGCCUGUGCGCUAACCACCCCUGGAGAAUCCCGAGCUGCACUUCCUCCCACACUGCCCCAACCACCCAGCCAUCUUCCUCCUCCUCCACCACCACCACCUCCACCGCCUCCACCACCUCCUCUACCUCUUCCUCCACCACUGAUAACACCUUUGCUGCUCAGAAAAGGUGACCGCAUUAAAUCACUUCAG